CAGCUUAGGCAUGAUGCCGCCUAAACUCGCCCGCCUUGCCUUGGCGAACUACGCACAAAGCACGAGUUCUUCCUCUUGCUCGACCUCCUAAGAUGCCUUGUGACUUGCCGUGAUCUGCGCACGCUUUAUCUCGAAAACCUCGAGCUCGACUUGUUGUAUAACGGCCACUUUGCUGUCCCUGCUCUCCAACUCCCGCCCAUACGGCCGUCCUGGGCGGCCAGCGUGGGCUUCGUCGAUAUGUCUGGCGACAUCAUCGCGGAGUACUACCGCCUUCUCCAGGAACCCUAUGUGGAUACCGUCGCGUACACGCGCUGCACGCACCCCAGCGUGCUCUACCCUGCGCUCACUCAUCCCGUCGGCGAGUCAGACAACGUCCGCAUCACCGGGAUCGCGUGUCCGAGGACGCUCAUGUACUACCUCAGCAACGUCGUCUACGGUAACUCCUUCUUUGACGCGACGAUCGUGGACUGCGACGGUCUCUGCGCUGAGGUCUUCCAGGCGCUCGCGGAGCCUGUAUUGGAAGGAGGCGACGAGUGGCUGUGCCCGAAUCUCACAAGUCUCACCAUCGUUGGGUGCACAAAAUUCAGCAGCGGCGACUUGAGGGCGGCGCUCGAGGCACGGGAGAAGGUGCAUGUGGCGACGGGAUAUCCAGAGGAGUACGACCCAGGGCAUGUGGUCUCGUUUGUGUCGUGUCUACGCGUGCGCGAUUGCUGCGAGCUCGCGCCGGAGGACAAGGAGUUUUUUGAGGAUAUGUAUACUCUGGCGGAUGUUCGGUGGGACGACUGUCCGGUGAGACAUCGUUGGAGAGGAUGGUAUAACUUAUCAACUGAGUCCUGAACCGGCGGCUUAGCACUUGUGCAUUAGAGAGUGUUCUUUGAAGUCAAGGUUCGACGCUUGCGACCGUUGUAACAAUCGAUGCAACUGAGGAAGAGCGAACGAAGUGAAUAGCCGCGCGCGUAGCAGUAAGUAGACGGAAAACGGCCCAGCCUGCGGGCAACGUUGCAACUUGUCCUUCCUAAGGCUACUAUGUUCACGUCGCAGUCGAGAUUGCGACUAUUAAUAUACCCGAAUAUAGCUCGGGCACAAUUAGUUUGUCUGUACUUACCAGGUUUCGCGUACACAACAGUGGCCGGUCGACCCUUGCAAUGCGCUGUGCCAUGA